GAUCUUGCCAUUUCUAAUUUUCUAGCCAUCCACGUGAGUACAGAUCAGGUACCUUGUUCCCUGCCUUGCUUUGCAUUUUUUAUUUAAUCAGUAGUGUUCAUAAUUUCAUCUGUCAUAUGUGUUGUUUGCUACUUCCAUGCCUUGCUCCAGUAAUUAGCAAGACUGCUCCUAAUUUGACAGUUUUUAGAAUAGAUACAACUGCUUCGAAUUACGAGGAAUUAGCUUUAGUUAAUGUUAAAAAACCAGAAUUAGCUUUAGUUAAUGUUAAAAAAACAAGUGAAAAUUUUAGGAUGAUAACAAUUUGAGUGGGCAUGAAAGUGUACCUUGUUUACCUAAUAUUCGAAAUAUAAGUGUCGAUGACAAGAUCACAAGAGCGAGCAACUUUUACCUUUACUGUUUAUGAUCCUGUUUUUUCGAUAGGUCACAUGUUUGCAACAUAGGUUAUAGUGUACCGAGUAUCUUUUGGCAAGAAAAUGGUAAUAUGAAUGCUCAUAUUUUAUGUGGCAUUAGGGCCCCUUUGUGUUACCUAGCCCCGGGCCCCUGAAAUCUCUGGACCGGCCCUGCACUACGUUAUCCUCCCCGCUGCACCAUUUCUCUUUCGGUUGGGAGAGUAGUUCUUGACAUUGCCACAUGUUUGAUCAGGAGAGUACCUCGGGGCAGAGCCCGCGCUGCCGUACCUGAGCCCCUACAUGCGCGGCGAGAACCUGCUCGUCAGCGCCAACUUCGCGUCCACCGGCGUUGGCAUCCUCAACGACACAGGCGUGCAAUUCGUGAACAUCAUCAGGAUCGCCCAGCAGCUGCAGAACUUCCAGGACUACCAGCAGAGGCUAGCGGCGUACGUCGGCGAGGACGCGGCGAGGGAGCGCGUGAGCCAGUCGCUGGUGCUCAUCACGCUUGGCGGCAACGACUUCGUCAACAACUACUACCUGGUGCCCUUCUCCGCUAGGUCCCAACAGUUCGAGAUCCACGACUACGUCCACUUCAUCAUCUCCGAGUACAAGAAAGUCCUCGCGGGUGAUAUGGAUGAAGGAAAAGAGGCCAGCAGUGCUGGGCUAAACAAUUCAGGGAGGUAUUGGAUUGGCCUCUGUAGAAACUAUGGUAAAGGACCAUUGCGGUGCGUAGAAGAAAGGUGCUACUUUCACUUAGUUCUCUCAGUUCUAAGUUGGGACUGCAAAAAUUUGAGGAUUUCCCCACAUAGACCUGAAGUUUCUGCUUCUAGCAUUUCUCUUUUGUAAGCAGCAUGGCAAACCCGGUUUCAAAGCAAAAGACCUGAGGAAGAAUGUGGAUUGAUCACUGUGAUUUCAAGUCCUUCAGGUGAUUGAUCACUGUGGUAAUUCAUUCUUUUGUCAAAAUUUGAUUACAAUUGGGGUUGGAGGGAAGCAACAAAAUUCCUAUCCUGUAAUAGACGUUUUUGGUGUGUGACUUGAUAGUUGUUCACGUCGAUACAAAAUUUCAUUCAUGUGGUUUUUUAAGGCAUUUGAAUUUAACAUUCUUUUUAUGUUUGUCUAAGAGCUGGAGCUGUUAAGACUUGAGACAGAUAUAUACAGGUAACAGGGGCCUACAAGAUCCAAUUCAU